UCAUUCCUACACACAUUGCUCGAUUACAUUUUUUAUUUUUCGGUCAGCAAAGUACAAAUGUUUGUAUUAACCACAAAAUAGUAUCAGCCAACUUACGUGUUUUGAUUUCCAUUAAUUCGCUCUCGUACAUUCAGUUGUCGAUCGCGUUCCAUCAACGUAAGACCGUUCUACUGGUAACACUCUUCGCGUUCACCUGUUGAACACUUCGCGCAUAUAUUGUUUAUGUUUUUUGUCGGACGAAAAUAUUAUGGUAGUUCAGUGCUCGAUAAAUAAGCUCUCAUUGUGCAGCACGUAGAGUAACAACAAAAUAAAUAAACAGCCACAGCAUAACAACAAUAAGACAAUAAUAAUACUUUUUCGUUGUUGCUGGAAUUUAUGAACCAGCGUUUAAUAGUUGGAUGGAUUGAAUUAAAGAAAGAAAAAGAAUUUUUGUGGUUUACAAGUUGAUUAUACCUCGAAAAACCAUCAUUAAUCGAACAAAAAAAUUGCUAAAAUGACAAUGUUGUGAGAUGAUAUACGUUAAUGUAUUGUCGAAGGAAUUUUAGAAGAGUUAAAAAAGAACAGCAGCCGAAUAACUAGUUUUCACAGGUCAUUAGCAGCUUGGCUAUUGAAGGCUUAAUAAUCUGUGUGAUGUAUUCCAUACGACUUUGGUGACUUGACUAUACAUACGGUUACAACACGACCAAUAAAUGAUGUGAACUUUAUCGAAUCCAAUAAUUUUCUAACAAGAUGACUGACGACUUGUAAUUGAAAUUAUGAGACUGUUCAAAGGGAAAGCAACUCAUAAUCAGCAUGUGUCCGUGUCACAUGCAGCGAAAAAUGGUGCGAUAAUAACGGCACACGAAUAUAACGAUGAAGACGAUAACGAAUUAAUUAAUGGAAAUUCAAAUGUUGAUGCAAAUAACCGUAACACAUCAUCGGAAACAGGCACCAUAGAGGCUGACCGAUCGAACGAGAAAGUGGCAAAAAAUGAGGAUAGGAGUCAGCAAAAGAAGAAAAUUGGCGGUGGAGAACAUCCGAUGGAUAAAAAUGUGUUUACAUGGGGACGUCGCAUGAGUAAGAAGCUGGAACAACUACAACGAACAAAUAGCCAAAAAGCGAAACCGAAAAUCAAAAACAAAUCGUCGCACACCAUCGAAAACAACCGCCCCGUAUCUGUGUUCAACGAUGAGCCCAACACACAACCGAAAACAAUUAAAACCUUUUUCCAUCGCAUCGGUUCCACUGGCAUGCUGUACCAUCGUUCGCACAAAUCGAACAAACCAAUCGAUCCGAGUCCGCUGUAUCGAAGUAGUUCAACCAGUCAGCUCAAUUCGUACGUUAAAUGCGAAGAUCCAUCCGAUGGACUGAAUUUGAAAAAGAAAUCCUCGUUCGAUGCACAAAUUAAGUCGUCCAGCUGUGAUGAUAUCGCUCAGGUUGGUGAUGGCAAUCAAAAACGAGGAUUUCCCUAUGCGUUUCUACGAUCCAAACUGUCCGUUCUGCCGGAGGAAAAUGGUGGAUCUGUACUGAAACCGAAACAACUGUCCAACGAAUUGCAGGACAGGUCAACAACUACAUUUAACAGGAAUGAAAGAUUGAAUGAGUCCAGUCAAAGAAUGACUUAUGCAGCACCAUACCAAAGAGUCAAUAGUUGCCUAAGUUCUAACGAAUCUGGCUAUGAUAGCGACAGUCGAUGUACCGAAGAAAAUGUUAAGCUCGACGUUCCCGAAAUAAGUUUCGUGAAUCAGCAUCCGUUCAGGUUUCACUCGGAUAAGAGACACUCUAUGUCGUUCCGUGACAGCGACCUGAUGGAGGAAAACUUCGAUUAUGGUACGAUUCAACGGAAAUUCAAACAAAUUCAGUUGACAAUGAGACGUAGUGAUGACCGAGUCGGAAUAACGUUGAAACUGCAAGUUUACAAAUGGGGUAAUGUACAUUCCGAAAAGGAGAGGCGAUAUCUUAUAGGUGAAAUGGCUCCUGAAGGUCUGGCAUACAGUGACGGUCGCCUGCGUGUCGAUGACGAAAUCGUCAACGUAAAUGGGCAUCAUUUGCGUGGAAGUCUAUCCCUUGAUGCUGCUCAUAAAGUUCUGCAAACGUUUAUCAAUGGCAGCAUAGAACUAGUUGUAGCGUAUGAUUGCCAGUCCUCAAAACCACUAGCACAAUCUUCCUAUCACAACCUAGACAAAACGAAUGGUUUCAACAGUCGUGGUGAUGUGGAAAAUACGUACGAUGAUAACUGGGAUCGAGUCGCUUCCGAGAUCCCAACAGGACUCGAAAACGGAAUCGUACUACAAAGGUUUAAGAAGAUGAGGCACGAUGGUCAAUUAUUGUCUAGACGAAGUUCACUGAAUAAAUCUUUGUCGCUUACACCGCUCCAACAUUCCACCGAAUACAAGCCGGUGUAUGCCAAUCGUGUAACAAAUGCAAUCAACGACGAUUCGAAAAAGAAAUCGGACCGAAAUACGAUUCACAUCGAGAGCUUCAGUGAUGAUGCGCCUGGUAACAAUGAUUUCAAUUCCAAAGAAAUUAGUGAUAGAGUUCUGAACGAUUCAAUGUACGCUCUUUACCGACCGUCUAAUUGUACAAUCGACGGGAUGGGAAUUUUCCCGAAAUGCCAGGCCAAACGAAACGAGCCGUAUGCAACUUCCACAUUUGAUAAUCAAAUUGUCGGUGAAGUGAAAGACAAUGCAUCAAGCGACACCAAUACUGCUGGCGACGAUGUCAACAAGGGCAUUGAAUUAACGGUGCAAUACACAAAAGGAUACGGCAUGAAGUCCCUUGGCUUUAGUAUUGUGGGUGGUAGGGACUCGCCGAAAGGUCAAAUGGGAAUUUAUGUGAAAACUAUAUUUCCGAGUGGUCAAGCUGCUGAUGAAGGAACGCUAAUGGCAGGCGAUCAAAUUCUUGCCGUCAACGGAACAUUGGUUCAAGAGAUGAGUCACAGCGAGGCGAUAUCGUUGUUUAAGAAUAUACGCGAAGGAGCAGUGAUUUUGAAUGUCGCGAGGAGAAGAAUCCAAACGACCAGAUCCACUUAGAGAUACCUUUUCGGUUAUGCUCGAUGUAAACCAAAUUGCGAACAUUUAGAUAAAUAAAUUUGGAAAUUUUGAUUGUU